AACUCAGAUCUUAAAUCUCACACAGGAAAUUUAUGGUCAACGGUCCUGGCCCUCUUUCCACACCUAAAGGUUUAAAAGUGUGAGGCACAAACAGGUGACAAUUGACAACAGGUCAGAACCUCUGAAGAUGUUCCUGCUCCUGAGCCUCCUGGUGGCUGUCCUGCCAGUCAGCACUGAAGGAGGAGAAAUAAUGUGGGGUACAGAGGCCAAACCCCACUCCCAUCCCUACAUGGCAUUCAUAAGGUAUUACGAUAUCAAAUCAAACCUAAAACGAUGUGGUGGUUUCCUGGUGGAAAAAGAUGUCGUAAUAACAGCAGCUCAGUGUGGUGGAAGGAAUAUAAGUGUAACUUUGGGUGUUCACAAUAUCAAGGAACUGAAAAACACCCAGCCCAUCCCUGUUCUUAAAGUCAUCCGCCACGAGGACUAUAAUAGUGAAAAAAUGGUCAAUGACAUCAUGCUACUGAAGCUGAAACACAAAGCUCAACUCAAUAAAGCUGUGAAGACCAUUGCCCUUCCAAAGAGCCAGGAAUGGGUGAAACCUAAGCAGGUGUGCACAGUGGCAGGCUGGGGAAAACUGGCCGGCUGUACUCUGCCUGACAAACUUCAGGAAGUGAAGCUAGAAGUCCAAGAAAGUGAUGUGUGCCGAAAAAUGUACAAAAGCUACGACAACUCCACCCAGCUCUGUGUGGGAAACCCCAAGGAGAAGAAGGCUACUGCUGAUGGAGAUUUUGGGGGACCAUUUGUGUGUAAUGGUGUGGCCCAGGGCAUUGUUAGCCAACACCAUUGCACUGGAGACCUUCCUGAAGUAUUCACCAGAAUCUCAAGCUUUAUACCAUGGAUUCAGAAAAAAAUGAAACUCCUUCAACAACCCUAGAAGACAAAUGUCCAACAUUCUGGGGUACAGCUAUCUGAAUAUUAAU